AUGAUUCCCUGUGAGGAUAUUGUAUUUCCCACAGGAACGGCAAAUCCAGGGAACAGAAACAGAUGCAGGAUAAUCCUGGACUUGAUCAUCAAGUUCAGCUCCUCAGGGCUGCACUUGUCCGAUAAGAACCUCAGGAACAAGGAGGAAGCUGAGAAGAAAUUCAAAGAAAUUUUGGAAGCACACGAUUUAUCUGACCCUCAGAAGCAAUUGCUGUAUGACGAGUCUGUUGAGGAGAACAGAGUCAAUGGACGUUGGGCCACAUGGUCCCACAACAAUACUAAAGUGAUCAAUGGCAAGACAAUCACCACCUGGCCAAUCCUUGAGAAUGGGCAUGAGAGAAAGGAAGUGGAAGAAGAUGGCCAGCUGAAGUCUGUGAAAAUCAAUGGGACAGAGAUCCUGAAUUCUUAA